UUCUUACGUGCUGCGAAACUAGAGACGCUCUCACACUGCGCCCUCUAUGGUACCCUCGAGCCGCGCAGGGGGCGUUCAGGGGUGGAAAGCUAUAGUCUCUUUACCUGAGAGUAGGUCCCUUCGACCGAAUGGAGCUUCCUUCCGACUAAACGUGCAAAGGAUCGGGCUUUAGGAGGUUCCGAGUUCUCACAACUGGAAUAUAAAUUUCUGCUUCUUCUCGAGACAAUAUUGUGAUUGGGAGUCUUUUGUAAUCCGUGAAGCAGGAUGCAAGAAGUCGACAACGUUGAAACUUUGAAACAAGAAUGGAUUUGUAAACCAAACCCUGAUGGCCAAAUUCAGAAGAGUACAGAACAGAAUGACGGUGAUAUUUUUGUUGAUAGCCUUUUUGAAGAAGUUCAGAAAGUUGGAGCUGAAUGUACACAGCAAACGACAGUAAAAAAUAAAGCUGAUACAACUAUUAAAUUAUGGAAAAAUGGGUUCACAGUGAAUGAUGGUGAACUCCGAAGCUAUAAAGAUACUGCAAACCAGCGCUUCUUGGACUCAAUUAAAAAAGGAGAAUUGCCUCUUGAAUUACAAAAGAUUUGUGAUAAGGAGGAGGUGGAUGUGAAGGUGGAUGAUAAGAAGGAUGUGGAGUAUACUUUAAGGAAACCAGCAUUUCAUCCUUUCUCUGGACAAGGGUAUAGAUUAGGAAGUGCCACGCCAAGAAUAAUUUCUAAAGUAGAAAGAGAUGUUGAAGAAACUGAAAAGAGAAAACCAACAGUGGUGUUAAAUAAUUCUGAACCCAUAACUAGAGUCCAGAUCUGGUUUGCUGAUGGAACAAGGAUAGUACAAAAAUUUAAUAUUUCUCAUAGAAUAAGCCACGUCAGAGACUUCAUAACGAAUUAUGACAGACAGCAAGGAAGAAGUCCCUUCAUGCUGACCACAUCACUUCCUUUUCGGGAGUUGCUGAAUGAAUCUCUCACACUAGAGCAAGCUAACUUAAAAAAUGCUGUUGUUGUUCAGAGACUUAAAAAAGACACUGAGCCUUUCAGGAAUUUGACCUAGCAUCCUUCAUCAAGAUCACCUAAGAUACAUCAUGAUACAAUUUCUGCAAGGGACUCUUAGUGAUGUGAGAGGCAAUACCCACUAAAUAUUUGCCCAGUUAAGUAUGAUUCAUUUUGCCGAAUGGGGAACUGUUAGUUGAGGUUGCUUAGUCAAAACCAAAAAGAGAUUAAUAGCAAUAUUUUUGGUAUGUUAGUAACAUCUACAGCACUGCUCUGAAAAAAGUAUAUAGACUGUGCUGUACAAGUCUACUUCAAUGUGUUCUCCAAUUAUUUUUCAAAUGUACAGAAUGUAAUAGGCAGUGUUUCAUCAGGCCAGCUAUCUUAAAUUGUGUGUUCUGUCAGCUCAGUAGCUGUGCUAGGCUAGCAAAGGGACCUUCUAAUGAAAAUCUUAGACUUGGUUUGCACCUUAAGAAAAAGAUUGCACUUUACUUUGGAAAGUACUACUAUUUGAUUUCAUUCUUUCUUUCUACUAUUGUCCUAAAAUGCUUUAUUCCCUCAGUGCCCAGUACAAACUUAGGGCAAAGCUGCUAUCAGUAUGUAAGCCUUUGAUUUGUUGUUGGGCUAAUUUUGCAUUGUUUAAUCCAUAAAGAAACCAGAGUGUCAGGAUUCAAAUCUCAUGCUAAUGUCUGUGAAUGGGACAUUCAUAAGUUAAUUACCCAAAACAGAAACAGGCUUGCACGCUUUGUGCAUUUCCCACAAAUGGUGAAUUAACCAUGAUUUAUGACUAUGACAUGUGAACUGGCCACUGUUAUAGUUAGUAGAUAAUAGGCUUUUGAUGGAUUGUCCCUGUCCCCAAUUCUGCCUGGUCUGUUGCACACACAAUGCUAACCCAUGGAAUGGGUUGUUGCAUUCGGAGUUUUUGUGAUGUCUGAAUGCAGCCAAGCUAACAAUUCACCAAAAAUUGAUAAAAAGAAACCAUGGGUUGUCGAGUUGUGAACUGUAGGUUGUUUAAACCAUGGCUUGUCAUUAUGUGCAGAUCCAGGAUCUGGAUUGUUCAUAGGUUGUUUCAUCAGACUUCAGAACUGACCAACAAGAAUAGUAUAAAAAAUCCGGCUCUACGUAUCAGUACUACAGGCAUUGGGGAUACAUGGAGGGAACAGGCCUAAGAGGUAGGAAACAAAUAAUCCAGGGAUUGAGAAAGCCAAAUGUUGUUUGUCUGCCAGAAAAAUGCUGAGUUGGGCAACAAACUUAGGUUAGCCUUAUAUGCAAAGCAGGCCUCUUCCUUUCUUUCCUAUUUUAGAUAGGGCUAGGUGUGAGGAGAGAGUUAAGCGCAAUUUUAAUUUUAUGUUCAUGUCAAAAAUAGGGUUCCCUUUCCUUCAGCCCUGUCCCUGCUUCAGGAAAGGAACUGCGUAAGGAACUGUUGCACUAGUCCCCAUCUUCUAGUUACCUGAACAUUAGUCAAAAACAGGUUAGAAUACCACCAAGAGGAUACAUGGCUUAGCUGUAUCUCUGUAGCAAAAACUGCCUCACACAACUAUCAGCGGAGCAUGGGAAACUUGGUGUUAAUUGUGAAUUUCCAUUCUUGGUGUGACAGUCUGCCAAAAUGUUUUUAGGGAUACGAUGUUUUUGCCAGGAUUGUUGGGUACAGAAUGGUUUUUUUGUUCCCUGGGUAGAUGCAGUCCUGCUGGUAGGCCUUCUUCUCCUCUUUUCUUCUCUUCCUUUUUCUGACAUGUUAAAAGUUUUGCUGAUUUAGUGUAGGACUGAAAAACUGCAGUGUUGAUGACCGUUGGCAGUGGGCAAUGUCUGAGGGUUGGUUAGUUUCUCUAGAUCCUAUGCUUGGUCAAAGACCAAGUCUUCUGCAAAUUGCCUCUGCCUGGUGACCAAGAAAAGGAGCUGCUACAAUAGUCAAGCCUGCUUCAUAUUAGCAUCCCUGAGAAUGGGAUUGUAUGGCAAAGUCCACAUUUUCCUUUUGCUGAAGGGCCUAUGUCAGGGGUCCUCAAACUUUUUCUAAAUGGGCAUGGCAGGCUGGAUCCAGCCCACGGGCCUUAGUUUGAGGACCCACGGCCUAUGUGAAGACUGCUUACUGUGUUGAUGAAGGGUGCUAUGCCACAAUCAGCCAAGAUUUUAUUUUUUUAUUUUAUAAAAGAUAGAGGUUGGCCAAGCUCACAGUGCUACCAUAAGCCAGUCCCAGUGUCUGUAAUAGAGCUAACUCUGGUAAGAUGGUUUUAUGUCUCAGUAGCAGAUGCAUCGAUCUUAUGUGUUGCUUCCAUACACAUUAUGUAAUAUUCUUGGCUUCUUAAUGAAAUACCUGUUGUUCUCUUUGAA